UACUAGUCCCUGGUGCGUUUUUACGCACAGCGCCACGAUGAGGGUCCGGACGUCUCGGUGCGCUCUCUUCACCUCCUCUCUCUGCCUCUUUCUGCUUUUAAAGUGUUCCGGCACAGUGUCGACUUUCGAGGUGACACUGCUUCACACCAACGACAACCAUGCACGGAUCGAGGAGACCAGCAAGGACUCGGGAAAGUGUUCAUCCGGGGAUCCUUGCUUCGCUGGGGUCGCCAGGAGGUUCACUAAAGUAACGGAGAUCCGGAAAAAGGAGAAGAAUGUGUUGUUGCUGGAUGCUGGAGACCAGUUUCAGGGAACUGUCUGGUUCAACUACUACAAAGGCGCCGAAGCAGCAUACUUCAUGAACAAACUUGGUUAUGAUGUUAUGGCUUUUGGAAACCAUGAGUUUGACAAUGGGGUGGAGGGUCUGAUCCAGCCCUUCCUCCAGAAUGUUAAUUGCACUGUGGUGAGUGCUAACAUAAAGCCUGACCAGACUAUGGCUGCAAAUCUCAGUUCUUACUACCAGCCUUACACAGUCAUAAAAGUGGGCUCAGAGAGCGUAGCUGUGGUCGGCUACACCACCGCAGAGACCCCCUUCUUAUCCAUGCCAGGUCCACAUCUAAAGUUUGAGGACGAGGUGAAGGCACUUCAGAUUGAGGUUGAUAAACUGAAAACUUUGGGCUACAAUAAGAUCAUUGCCCUGGGCCACUCCGGCUUUGACGUGGAUAAAAAAAUCGCCAAGAAUGUGAGAGGGGUUGACGUCGUUAUUGGAGGACACACCAACACAUUCCUCUAUACUGGAGACCCCCCAUCCACUGAAAUACCAGCAGGUCCGUACCCUUUUAUGGUGAGGUCUGAUGACGGGAGAGAUGUGCCAGUGGUCCAGGCUUAUGCCUUUGGGAAGUACCUCGGAUAUCUGAAAGUUACCUUUGAUAAGGCGGGGAAUGUGAUAAAAGCUGUUGGAAACCCCAUCCUAAUGGACAGCAGCAUACUUCAAGACCCAAAAAUCCUCGCUGACAUCAGGGAAUGGAAGAAAGAUUUGGCUCAGUACUCCUCCCAGUAUGUGGGACAAACCUUAGUCUACCUCAAUGGGACGUUUGAAGAGUGUCGAUUUCGGGAGUGUAAUCUUGGAAACCUGAUCUGUGAUGCCAUGAUUUAUCACAAUAUAAAGUAUUCAAGUGACCUGCAGUGGAAUCAUGUGGGCGUAUGUAUGCUGAACAGCGGGGCCAUACGGACAGCUAUAGACGAACGCUACAAAAAUGGUUCCAUUACUAUGGAGGAGAUCCUCACUGUCUUACCAUUUGGAGGAACCUUUGACUUGGUCCAGAUAAAAGGAUCAACGGUGAAAAAGGCAUUUGAACACUCCAUUCACAGAUAUGGAAGCAUGUCUGGAGAAUUUCUUCAAGUCUCAGGCAUUCGUGUUAAGUAUGACGUCUCCAAACCAGUGAACCAGCGUGUAGUGUCUCUGUCCAUGCUCUGCACUCAGUGCCGCGUUCCCAAGUAUGAACCGCUGGAACCGGAGAAGACGUACACAGUGGUCAUGCCUUCAUACAUGGUGAGCGGAGGCGAUGGCUUUACCAUGAUUAAGGACGGGUUAAUGAAGCAUAACACAGGUGAUAUGGACAUAUCUGUUUUUUCCAAAUACAUCAUGGACAUGAAGCGAGUGUACCCCGCAGUGGAAGGCCGGAUCACGUUCAGGAACUCAGCUGUCUUUACUGCCCACAGCCUUGGCUUGUUGCUGCUGAGUUUAAUGCUGUCCCUAACCCUUUGAUUGGCUUAGUGCACUCUGGGUCGAUGUGAUAAACUGAAGGGAAAGUUUGGCUGCUUGGAAACUCCUCUGGGACCUGGUUAACUGCCUUUCAAUCUCGCUGCCUUUGACGAUAACAUAAAGACAACAUGAUGCCAGAUUCAGCCUCAGUGUAUAAUCAGUAUCCAGGCAGGAAUUUAUUUUAUCCCAAAAAUCCGCUGAUUAUAAGGACUGGGGACAAGUUCUAUAUAACAAGCUUUUACACUCAACUUUGCAAGAACUUAAAUAUGAAAACAGUAAAUAUGUAUUUUCAAAUUUACCAAUGCUUAAAAGUGCAUGUAAGUAUUUUUUAAAAUGAAUGUAUGAAUGUCUAAAAAUGUCUCAAACACACAAUGUUUCAUUAUAUGUGUAUAAAGAGUUUCUCAGUGACAUAAUGAACAGAGGGAAGCUUCUAUAUCUCUUCCUUCCAUCACUGAGUAGCAAUGAAUGGAAAAAAGCAUUUAUGCACCUGAACAUGCCUAUAUAUACUGUUUGAUUGCAAUUUUGUAGACCGUCUUUCAUCUUAAACUCAAACACAUUUCAUUUGGCACUUAUUCAGAUAAAGAUAUCAUAUCAUUUAUUAUUAUUAUUAUCUAUUAUCUAUCUAUUUGUGUAUGUUCAUGAAGUAAAUCAAGAUACAGAAAGAAAUGUAUUGCCACAUCAAUAUAUUGUAUAGAUAUGAUGCCAGUUCUGCCAGUGUUUCGUUUUGUCUCAUGACCUCUACCUUUCUGAGCCUCUCCUGAAUACCUCAGUAGGCAUAUUCAUCUAUGCAGAGAAAAAGCAGCUAGAGCUGAUAAAUAAAACACUUGCAGAAGUUCUUCUGUUUUUGUCAUCACAUAUGCUUGCUGCCUUUGUUUACUCCAGAGUCACCUUUAUGAAGUACUUAUGAAGUAUCCUGUAAGCUUGUUAGAAUAAAGUGUAAAAGGAAAUGGAAGGCAUUUUCUCAGGUACUUUUUCUAAGUAUUGAAAAAUAAAUGGCAUCAU